AUGGCGUACAACUCAUACAACUCAUACAACUCGAAGGAGAAUUACCCACGACCAGACUUCGUCCAUGCCAACCACCGGUGGACGCCCUUGAACGCGGGCUGGACGAUCCUGUUCGACGACGAGGACGUCGGGCUCCAGCAAGCAUGGCACAUCAACGGUGUUCCCGAAAAGGUAUCCGUCGCGGCUCCUACAACAACAACCACGGGCGGUGCCGCCGAAGCGGAGGCUGAAGCCCGGAGACUAGCCGCCUUCCCGGAGCUCAAGGAGAAAGGGUUCCAGGACCCCAAGACCCGCGCAAGAGAGCACACCAAGAAGCCGAUCAACGUGCCCUUCGUGUUCCAGACGCCGGCGUCGGGCAUCGACGCAAACAACGAGGCCCACGAGAUCCUGUGGUACGAGCAGCGGCAGCUCGCCGACCCGCGCAGCAAAGCCGAGCGGGACGCCGGAGACAGGGUGCUCGCGCGCUUCGGCGCCGUCGACUACGAUGUCACGGUCUGGGCCGCGGGGUACCCCGUCGCCCAGCACCGGGGCGGGCACGUGCCGUUCGACGUUGAUCUCACUGAUGCGUGGAAUAACAGCGAGGGCAGGCUCGACCUCGUCCUCCGCAUCCGCGACUCCCCCCACGACCUCUCCCAGCCCCGCGGCAAGCAGUACUGGGCGCCCCAGCCAGAGAGCAUCUUCUACAAGCCGUCGAGCGGCAUCUGGCAGCCUGUGUGGCUCGAGGUCGUCCCGCCGACGCGCGUCGGCGAUAGCAGUGCUGGCACUGUGCUAAGGUCCACGGACACCGUCUCGGGCGUUCUAGAAGCCACGGUGGCGAUUCUCGGCCGCCGCGCCGGGCAUGCCUAUACGGUUGAGAUCGAGGGUUUCCUCCAUGGCCUCAGUGUUGCGAAGAAGCGCGAGCCCUUGCCUAGUGACAAGGACCAAGUAGCGAUUAGCCUGGGUCUCGCGCUGAGCGACGAGCAGAAGGCCAGCGCACCUGAGUCUCUGGUGAAGGUGGCGCCGCUCGACGAUGCAGAGUGCUGGCAAGGGAGCCUGGCGCUGUGGUCGCCGGACCACCCGACGUUAUACGACGUGUCGAUCCGUGUGUACGACGCUUCCGAUGCACUACUGGACGAAGCGCGUACGCACACGGGGUUCCGGCACCUAGACUGGACGCGCGGCGACCGCACGUUCCGGCUCAACGGGCGCCCGCUCUUCCAGGCGCUCGUGCUCGACCAGGGGUACUGGCCCGAGACGGGGAUGACGCCGCCGUCGCCGGACAGCCUGCGCGCCGACAUCGAGCUCUCAAAGCAGAUGGGGUUUAACGGCUGCCGCAAGCACCAAAAGGUCGAGGACCCGGUUUUCUUGUACUGGGCCGAUCGCCUGGGGUACUUGGUCUGGGGUGAGAUGGCGAAUGCGUAUGAGUUCACGCCGGACUACGCGGAGAGGUUCGAGAGGGAGUGGGUUGAGGCGGUGAAGAGGGAUAUCAAUCAUCCUUCGGUCGUCACUUGGACGCCUGUUAAUGUACGUUCGAAGCCUAAUUUUGAGAGCUGGGCGUAUCCAAACCUCAAGGAUAACGUAGACCAGCGAAAUCACAUCCGCUCGCUAUACUACACGACCAAAACCCUCGACCCAACCCGUCCCGUAAACGACAACUGCGGCUGGGAGCACGUGCUCACAGACCUGAGCACCUUCCACGACUACUCGGACGCGCCUUUGCUAUCACAGACCUGCGCCACGCUCGAGGGGAUCCUCGGGAAGAAACUCGGCGACCGCGAUUUCUUCGUCGGGCCCAUCGCCUCCCCCACACAUAUCAUCGACGAAGGAACGAAGCAUAAAGAGGGCGCUCCCGUGAUAUGCACCGAGUUCGGCGGCGUUAACAUCGCGCCCGCGAAGAAAGGCAAUGAAGGUGGAGGGGGAGAAGAUAGAGAUUGGGGGUACACGACGGCGAGCGAUUCCAAGGAUCUGCUCAAGAGGUUCGAGGCGCUGUUGCGGGCGGUGGUGGGCGCGGGGCAUUGUUGUGGGUUUGUGUAUACGCAGCUAUCCGACAUUGAACAAGAAGUCAACGGCCUGUACUCGUUCGACCGGCGGGAGAAGAUCCCGGCGGUGGAGGUCAAGAAGCUGAUUGAGGCGGCGAAGAAGAUGUACUACGAUAGUCUCUCCUAA